GUGUGUGUGUGUGUGUGUGUGUGUGUGUGUGUGUGUGUGUGUGUGUGUGUGUGUGUGUGUGUGUGUGUGUGUGUGUGUGUGUGAGAGAGAGAGAGAGCUCAAGGCUCGCGAGUUGUGUUUCUACGUCGCCCUAACCUAUAAAUACAGUCGAGGAAUUCAAGGGGAAUCACGGCUGCCUAACCAACACCGAAAAGGGGAUUUAAUUAUACAUUAGUGAACUACCGGAUAGCCCGCUGAAAACGCGAGGGCUGGGAGGUUUCUCCCAUUUAAGGCUGACGGCGAAGCGCUGAGAUAUCUGUUCGCGGACUAUGCUACUAUAGGUGCACCGGAGGCUGCGGACGACAUGGAGAAUAAAUAGUUGGUAACGUUGCUUUUUAUUCACAAAAACAAAUGUCAAGUGGCUGAUAACAAAGCCCGGAUGUGUUAUUAACCACGGUCCACGGUGUAAUCGCAGCGUAAUCGCUAUGUAGGUGAUGAGAUAUCGAGUGUGUACGCCAGUGUUAUCCCGGAGCAAGUUGUCGCUUGGUUUUUAAAUGAACCCCUCGUAGGAAUGAGUCUCGCUUAAUGCCUCGCCUUUGAUUUUUUAAAACGGGAUGAAUUUGUGAUCAGUGACCCGCCUCCACCACCACUUUUGGUCAAUCGCGAAACACAGUCCGAAUCAAUUACCCAGGAGGAAUUUCCGUCACCUGUCUUCACGGCAGAAAGCUUCCUGUAGGAAAAAAAACAAAACUCAAGCGAGGUGCAAGGUAAACGCACAGCCAAGCAUUCGUUGUGUAUGGCUUAUCCACUACAGAAUAGACAAAUCAAAGUCCGCACAUAACAACGUUUAAUAGCAUUUGUCCCCCUUAUAAUUAGGCGAACUAUCCACGUUUUGUUUUUUUUACCCAGACACAGGACAGGCUAUCCUUUUGAAUCAAAUACCGCAUCAUGGAUGAGGACUGGAAAAACUGCUUCGAGGAAGAACUUUUGUGUCCCAUUUGCCUCAACGUAUUCGACGAGCCCAUUCAACUGCCGUGCAAGCACAACUUCUGCCAUGGCUGCAUAUCGGAGGCCUGGGCGAAGGACGCGGCGGCCGUGCGCUGCCCCGAGUGCAACCACGACUACAGCCAGAAGCCCGCGCUCGAGAAGAACAUCAAACUCGCCAACAUCGUGGAGCGGUUCAACGCGCUGAACACGGAGAAAGCCCCCGUAAUUCUCCACUGUAUCCUCUGUCGGAGAGGCCCCCCGCUCCCGGUACAGAAGGUCUGCCUCCGCUGCAAGGAGCCGUGCUGCCAGUCGCACAUCCAAACCCACCUGCAGCAGCCCUGCCCAGGCCCGGGGCACCUGUUGGUGGACGUGGAGGAGCUCCGGGCGUGGAGCUGCCCCCGCCACGAGGAGUACAGGCUGUUCCACUGCGAGGACGAGCAGGUGGCCGUGUGUCAGUUCUGCUGUAUCUCCCACUGCGCGGGCCAGAGGCACUCUGUCUGCGACGUGGACACGCAGCGCACGCACAUGCAGGGCCGUCUGAUGAGGCAGCAGGAGCGACUGGACGGCCGUGUUCAGAACAUCGAUGAGCAGCUCAGCAAACUGGAGUCGGACAAGACGCUGGUGAAGGACGCGGUGAGUGAGCUCAAGGAGCGUGUCAAAGUCCAGUACCGGCGAAUGCAGGCGCUGCUGGAGGAGGACCUGAGUGAGACCAUGCAGCUGCUGGACAAUGCCCACAGCGCGUACCGCCACAAGAACUCCCAGCAGGCCCAGCAGCUCAAAGAGAAGCGGCAGGAGGCGGACAAACUCAAGAGCUCGGCACAGCUGGUCUACCACAAGGCGGAGAACAUCAGCUUCAUGAAGAACACGAAGCCGUACCAGCUGUUAAUGGACAGGUCAACGUGGUACCUGGACAGCGCCCUGCUCCCCCAGAGAGUGGGCCAGCUCAACUCCCACCUGCUGCUCUCUGAGAUCACCAAGAGGGAGCACGGCCUACGGAAGGUGCUCAGCGAACCGGUGAGCGGUUCGUCCGUUCUGCAGUGUGUCUCGUCCCCGAGGGGCGGGGCCUCCUCCUCCUCCUCCUCCUCCUCCUCCUCCCUGGAGAAGAGGAAGCACGCGUCGGCCUUCCCCGAGGGCCAGCACCCGGGCCCCUCCGGCCCCCAGGACCCCCCGCUGGUGGGCUCCGGCGGCAAGAGGGCCUUCCUGGGGGACCCCCCCCACCACCAGGGCCUGCGGGGCCCGUCCACCCUCUACCCCCCCGAGGGCCUGGCCUCCCAGCCCCCCCACCCGGGCCCCAGCGCCAGGGCCCCGGACGGCUCCGCCCAGCAGCAGCAGCGCAUGGCGGACCUGGGGGCCGCGGCCCACCCGCUGGGCUCCAUGUUCCCCCAGGGCCCCUACCCCGGAGGGGCGGGCCCCCAGCAGCAGAACGGGCUGCCGCAGUACGGCCGCAAGAUCCUGGUGUGCUCCCUGGAUAACUGCUGCUGCUCCCGCGUGCCCCCCCCGCGCGGCCGGCCCCCCUACCCGCCCUCGGACCCCUACCCCUGGAUGGGCUCUCAGGAGUUCCCCCCCCAGCCCCCCCUGGCCCCCGGCCAGCCCCUGCAGGGUCUCUCCAUGCGGGACUGGAUGGACACGUCCCAGGCCCCACGACACCCAGACUUCUACGGGCUGUACGGGCAGAGCGCCAAGCACUACGUCACCAGCUAGGGGGCCGAGCCGCAGGGGGGGCCGAGCCGCAGGGGGGGCCGAGCCGCAGGGGGGGCCGAGCCGCAGGGGGGGCUUCAGGCGUCGGCGUCCCCGUCUCUCUCGGUUAUGUUGUCGUCUGCUUCUUUUUCUGGGAGGUGAACCACGUUGUCGUCCUUUCCUUCCUUCCUUCCUCCUCUCCCUCACAGCGCCGGGCUCCACUCCGAGCGGACUUGGUCUCAAACAACAGAUCCUUCAGCGUACUUUGGGGGAAACGCGCCAAAUCAAGUUUUGGCUUCAGUCUCUUCUGUGUUUGGACAUUAGGGGUGAGUCCAGGCUCUGGUGGCCCUGAAUAUAAACUGUUACAACGGCGUUCCACUACGCUGCCGCCGUGUACGUUCUGAGACUGGGUGGUCUCAGACUGACUUGGUGGUCCCGUCGGCGAGGUACUGGUUGGUCCAACACGUUCAGGUCAACCUAAACCCCAACAUUCCCCCCGCCUCAAAUCAUUAUAAUAACACAGAGAAAUGAAUUCAUUUCUACCUACGAUUAUCCAUCUUCAUGGGUCUGAUUUCAUUAUUAUUAUUAUUAUUAUUAUUAUUAUUAUUAUUAUUAUUUAGUAUAUGUGGGUGCAUUUGAUUGGCCUGUAAGUGUUACUGUAAAUAUGGGCUCUUGAAUCCGUUUGAACAGGUACAUGUAGAAGAGCAAACAACAACAACAACAACAACAUAUCCUUUGUCCAAGGGCCCGAACACAGCCCCAGAGACGCUCGUGCCUCAAGACACAGCCUACUGUCGGGCUUCUUGAAGUGUCAAGCGCUUGAUUUCCUGUCAGUAGCUGAAAGCAUGCAGGAUCUUCCCCAAUGCACUCCAUGUGACGCACACACACACACACACACACACACACACAAACACACACACACACACACACACACACACACACGCGCGCGCGCACACAAUGUACUCCAAACAAAAUUGUCCGGUUUUUCGUGACUUUUUUGUACAAGAUGUUGAGUACACCAAAAAAUUAAAAUCUAAGACAUUAAAACGA